GUCACGAUUAUCGCGGUCGAAUAUACAGUAAAGGCACCAUAAGUAGACCAACACAGCUUGUCGUACACUACACAUCUCAAGAUGGCGAUGGUAGCAUUAGGUGUUUUAUUCGUUGCGACUGUCGGCACAGCCCUACAGUUAGCGCCAGCAGCAACUGGCUACAUCUAUAGAAGUGAUAAUAACGGCCCCGCAAGUCUUAUACAAUUAGGAGCUCAUGCUUAUCAACCCGCCCCUUAUGUACCUGCGCUGCCAAUUGUGGAACCUUUGAAAACUGUGGACACCUACGCAAUUGGUCCUGUUCCUCUACCAUACAUAGCUGCGAAACCCAUAGUGGUAGAAGAUGCAGAGGAUGAUGAAGAAAGUAGCGAAGAAUCAGACGAAUAUAUUGAAGGAGGAGAUUUAGAUGGAUUAGAUCAUGACCACUCUUUUGAAAAAGGAGGUGGUAGUGAUUACGGCGAAGAACAUCAUGCGGCUCAUGGAGAAAAGGGAAGCAAGGGUUAUCAGAGCAAAGGUCACCAUGCGAAAGGUGCAGCUGGACAUUAUGGUAAGGAACAUAACGAGGGUUAUCAUAGCGAGAAUAAAGGUGAAAAAUCAGGGCACCACGACGAAGCCGACUCCUACGGAAAGCAUCACGAAUCUGGUGGCAGCUACAAAGGCGGUGAUCAAGGACAUAAGAAGUACUUCAGCAAGGGGGAAGAUGUUACCGGCUAUCACAAGGUUUUCCACAAGGAUGAAUUCAAGAAGGACCACGACUUUUACGAUGUUGCUGACAACAGCGGUCAUUUUAAUAAGCAUGGUUAUGAGAAAGCACAUCAUGGUUCAGAGGAAGGUGGGCAUAAAAAGGGUGGCCAUCAUGGAGCUGGUUUCGACAAAGGUGAAUUUGGAAAAGCUGGUUCUUAUGCUAAAGGUGACCAUGACAAUACUGAUAGCGGUCAUUCUGAUGAAUCCGGUCACGAUAGCCAUUACGACAAAGAAGAAGAGUAUGGAAAGAAAGGCGCUGGUGGACAUGAGAAGGAGUAUGCUUACGAUGAUGACGACGACGAAUAUUAGACCGUCGAUAUUUUAUAUACUGUGAUACUUGUAAAUAUCUGUUAAUUAUUUAACGAACGUUUCGAUUAAUUUGUUAUGUUUUUG